AUGAAACUUCUGGUUGUAAGCAAUCGCCUGCCGAUAACAAUAAAGAAAGGAGAAAAUGGAUUUGAAUACACAAGGACAAGCGGAGGACUGGUGACUGGUCUGAAAAGCAUCAACGAUACAAUUAGGUUUGAGUGGUUUGGAAACAUAAGCGGCACCGAGCUAGACGAAGAGGAGAAGGAAACAAUAAGGAGAAAUUGCUGGGAAAAGUUCCACUCAAUUCCUGUGUUCAUCGAUCCGGUACUAAAUCACGACUGCUAUGAUGGUUUCUGUAAUGCCAUCCUGUGGCCUAUACUACACUCCUUCAAGGAUGACGUUGCAUUCACCAUUAAGAACUACAAUGCAUAUGUAGAGUACAACAGGAUCUUCUGUGAUAAGAUAUGUGAAACCAUCGAGGAUGGAGACAUUGUCUGGGUCCACGACUACCAUCUGAUGAUACUUCCUGAGAUGUUGAAAAAGAAAUCAAAUAAGAACUUCAAGAUCAUGUUCUUCCUACAUACUCCGUUUCCACCUGCGGAGAUGAUGGAGACCCUUGCAUGCCGGAGGGAAAUAGUAAGUGGAAUGGCCCACAGUGAUUUGGUUGCAUUUCACUCGUUCGAUUAUGCUAUAAACUUCCACGACACGUGUGCAGCGAACAACAUCGAAGUAAGGACCCAGCUGGAUGCAAUUCCGAUCGGGAUAGAUCCCGAAAUGUUCCGGGACACACUGAAAGAAAAGAAGACGAUAGAAAGAAUAGAGGAAUUCAAAAAGAUGUUCCAAGGAAAGAAGAUCAUCCUGGGAGUGGACAGGACUGAUUACAUAAAAGGAAUGCCCCACCGUCUUAAAGGAUUCCAAAGAUUCCUUGAAAAGUAUCCCGAGUUUAUUGGUAAGGUUGUGUUUCUUCAAGUCGGUGUUCCCAGCAGAACGAGUGUUAAAGAGUAUUCUUCAUAUACUACCAAACUAAACGAGCUUUCAUCGGAAACGAACAGUAAGGUUGGAUCAAUUGAAGAGAUGCAUGUGUACUUCCUCAAUAAGAGUGUAGACUUCAACGAACUGUGUGCCCUGUAUGCAGUAAGUGACAUGCUUCUUGUGACGUCGUUGAAGGACGGGAUGAAUCUUGUUGCCCUGGAGUAUGUCUCAUGCCAAGACGAAAAGAAUGGAGUACUCCUACUGAGCGAGAGUGCAGGGGCUUCGACAACUCUAUGUGGAGGACUGGAGAUAAAUUCAUGGAAUAUUGAAGAGAUUGCAGAUGGCAUCCAGAAGGCCAUCGAGAUGCCGGUCGAGGAGAGGAUUGAAAGGCAUAAGAUCAACAGAAAGGCUGUCGACUCCUUCACGUCUGUGAAGUGGGCAGAGAGAAAUCUGGACGGUCUUUCCAAGGACUGGAGAAAGUCGCUUAUGUCCUGA